AAAAGGGGGAGAAAGAAACAAGAAAUGUUGUUUUCUAGAGGAAAACGAAGGCAGAAGUUGAUACAGUUGCACCUCCUCUGCAUUCAGGUUCACUCGUUCAUCCUGGUUAUCAUCACCUCUCUCUCUCUCUCUCUCUCUCUCUCUCUCUCUCUCCACCAUUGAAUGAGCUUGGUACCGAAGGUAUGUUAUCGGCGAUUUGUUGAAUGUCUAUGGUUUGACCUGCGAUUAGGAUUGUAAAUCAUCAAUUCAAAAUGGAGAAUGAGUAAUUGGCAUAACAUUUGAAUUCGAGUGGAUGUAUUUCAUAACUAAACUCAAUUAUAAAUUCAAAGUUGUGGCACAAACAUUAAGCAAAGCCGAUAUGAUCUUGGCGCAUUUGUGUUGCGAAACAAAUUGGGGAUGAUGAACAUCAUGAACUAACAUUUAGAUAAGCUGAUAAGUUAUUAUGUAUUUGCGUUGGAGCAACAGAUUGGGGCUCUCACAGUUCCAAUCUCUGUUCCAGAUCUUGGGAUUUGAGUGCCCUGAUUGUAUUUUAUAGCAUCACUACCUUUUUUGAGUAAAUUUAAUGAUUACUUUGAUAGUUGUUAUACAUUUUCUCUUUUUAUUAUAAUCUUCUCUUUUCUUCUGUUCAGAAACUUUAAGCAAGUAAUUACCAGUAACCCUGAAGACCUGUUCAACAGUCAUGUACUUUAUGUUCAAGAGAAACUAUAUCCUGGUUUCUGUAAAACAAUGUUCUGAGAGUAUAUGACACAAUUUCAUACAAGUUGAAUCAAGCUACACAAAUGAUGUCUACAACUGCAAUUGGACUAAGGGCAACAAAUAGCCUCUUGGGUUCAUCCUAUUUUUACUCAGAUACAACUGAAAAAUUCUCCUGCAAUGGUGAUAUUAGCUUCACAUUUGUCACUACCAAGAACACAAUCACUGCAAAGAAACCAUCCAACUACAGCCAUAGUCUUACAUCCAAACGAGAUACAGAUUCCCAUUCCAUAAGAGCUUUAAAACAACAUGUAGCUACUUCUUCUGAUCCUUCAAUCUCUACAGACCAAUGGGUUCAAAGAUUUCACCACUUGGAAGACAAAAGCUCUGAACAAGAACUUCCUGUUGAAGCUUUACUACUUUUACAAUCUUUCCUGGAAAAGCAGUGGAAACUUCCAACUGAGAAGAAUACUAAUACAACUACAGAUACUCCCACAGAAAAAAACAGCAAAAAAAUUCACAUCAUUAGCUCACAGAUAUCUGCACGAAAGCGUAGAAUAGCAGCAAGGAAGAAAACACCAAAUAGUUGCUCUGAAAUUGGUUCAGAGCUCCUUCAAAAUCAGUUUAAAGGUCAUGUUAAAGGGGUAAGAAGUGAAGGACUUCUCACUCAAUCUGAGGUGAUCAUUCUAUCAAAGAAAAUUAAAAUCGGUUUACGCUUGGAAGAGCAGAAAUCAAGACUGAAGGAAAAAUUGGGAUAUGAACCUUCAGAAGGGCAACUUGCAAGUUCCAUGAGGAUUUCAAGAAUGGACUUAAGAAAAAAACAAAUUGAAAGCACUUUGGCAAGAGAGAAGCUUGCAAUGAGCAAUGUCCGUUUAGUGAUGUCUAUUGCUAAAAGAUAUGAUAACAUGGGAGCUCAAAUGGCAGAUCUUAUUCAGGGAGGUCUAAUUGGACUACUUCAAGGGAUAAAAAAGUAUGAUUCAUCAAGAGGUUUCAAGAUUUCUACCUACGUUUAUUGGUGGAUACGACAGGGUGUUUCAAGAGCUCUGAUUGAGAAUUCUAAAAUCCUAAGAUUACCUACUCAUUUGCAUGAAAGACAAAGUGCAAUCCGGAAUGCCAAAGCCAAACUAGAGGAACAAGGAAUAACUCCAUCAAUUGAUAGAAUUACAGAAAGUCUGAACAUAUCCAGAAAAAAAGUUAUAAACGCAACUCAGGCAAUCACUAAAGUAUUUUCACUUGAUAAUCCUGGACAAACACUUGAUAGUGACAUUGCAGAUAAUUGCAUGGAAAACGACCCAUGGCAUGGAGUAGAUGAAGCAGCUCUCAAGUAUGAAGUAAACAAGCUCAUAAACAUGACUCUAGGGGAACGCGAGAGAGAUAUCAUUCGUCUUUACUAUGGUCUUGACAAGGAAUGCCUUUAUUGGGAGGAUAUCGGUAAAAGAAUAGGGUUAUCGAGGGAACGCGUUAGGCAAAUUGGACUUGUUGCAUUAGAGAAACUAAAACAUGCUGCAAGAAAGAAUGGACUUGAGGAAAUGUUGGUGAAACAUUAAUUUCGGUACGGUUUUUUGUACUAGUAAAGUUUGUGUAUUCCCUAGUUAAACAUAGUAAAGUAUAUAUAUAUACUACACUAAGAGUUGAGUACACUAUAUAGAAUAAUCUUCAUACACAUAAUGCAACAAAAAGUUGCAUGUAUCAUUUUGUUCCAAGAGAAUAUAUAUUAUUGCGAGU